AUGAUCUUCCACCAUUGCAGCGAUCUGAGGAGAAUUAUGAGCGCGCAGGUCGCAUCGAACGGAAGAACACCGAGGGUUCGAUCAUGCAGGAAAAGAUCAUACAUCGGAGACGAUGACAGUUCGCCGGAAAUCCGGGACUCGACUUCAAAGAAGUCGAAGCCUCCCACUGCGAAAACUCCACUGAAAAAGACUGCGAAGACCUCUAAUGCAACGAAUCCUGUGGAGACUCCACUCGGACGAAAGAACGGCCUGAAAACGCCAAAGAAAGUUGACACCAAGAGAACGAGAAAAAGCGUGGAAGAAGAACAUAGCGUUCUCGUUGUGGAGGAUUCCCCCAUAGUGGUGACGAACGGCCACCAAAGCUCGGCGAGGACUGAGGAGGUUGUCACAGGAAUAGACGACUGUACCUUCGAACAGAAGGAUACAUGGCCUCUGAAAUAUAGUCCUAGCAUUUUCGGAAAUUUUGUCGGUAACAGAAGCGCGGUGGAAAGGGUGGAGAGAUGGUUGACCGAAUGGAAAGUCGCCACGAAGAAGAGUGCCCUCAGAGACUCGGGAUCGAGCGCAUCGGACAGUUUACAAGGCGAAGCGUCGUCAAGCGCGUUAUUCAUCAAGGGCCCUCCAGGCGUCGGGAAAACUUCUCUCGUGUAUUACCUAGCGAAGCGUUCGGGAUUCACGGUACUUGAAGUGAACUCCUCGUCGGAAAGACCCGGGAAGCGAGUGUUAGCAGAUCUGCAGGAGGCUACGCAAAGCCAGCACGUGAAAGGCACCAAAGUCGCGGAGGGAGGAAUAAACUCCUUCUUCAAGCCAACAUUGACACCAUGCGCGAACCCACAGACCCCGGUCGCGCAAUCCGGUUCUUCGAAGAACCGUAAAAAGCUCAAAAACGCCGUCACGGUGAAAGAAAAGAGAGGAACGUUGAAGAGCUUCUUCAACUCGGUCACGCCCAAGUCCGGUAUCGAGGAAGUUCCCACGCAAAGUAUCGCCGUAGAGGAGCCGGCGGUCGAAGAAAAAAUCUCGAGAUCAUCGAUAAAGGCAUUCUUCGCAGCUGAGAAGAAGAGUUCGGCCAAAUGCGCAUCGGAGAGCCCAGAAAUCCUCACUACGUACCGGCAAUCGAGCGCCGCGAAUGCCGCGGACGGCAGUAUCAAGUGUUCCAGUUCGACCAUUAUACUUUUUGACGAUGUCGACGUGAUUUUCGAUGACGACGGAGAUGAAGGCUUCUGGAUGGCUUUGGAGACCGUUCUGAAGAGCUCGAAGAUCCCGUGUAUACUCACCGCGACGCGGGGCUAUGAAGGGGUGGUGAAACGAUGCAAGUCUCUCCAGAAUGCACUUCUAGUCGAACUUCAUCGACCGAGUCCAUCCCACGUCGCGUCAUUGAUAAGCAACAUCUGCGCCGUAGAGAACAGAGAUCUGACAGACUACAAUGUGGAGUUUAUGUGUCAAUAUUUGGCAUCGGACGUUCGACGGUCGUUGAUUCAAAUGGAAUUCGAGACCGUAUCAUCGGGCUUACUCCAAACCGUGUACCCUGCAAACAAAACGAUCGGAGGCCUUGUGACAUCAGGCUCUACUGAAGACGCUCUCGAGAUUCACAUCGCCUUCAAGAAAGUGGGAUUCAACGCUCUGUAUGCCUCUCUGGAGGAUUGUCUCCCAUUUGAAUUCGAUGACGUGAUGCUCGAUACGAGCAACGGCGCGACUUUGCCGGAUAAGACUCUCAAACGACCCACGGAAUUCGUGUCGGCUACAGUGAAGGACUUCGCUCGUAUCUUCGACGAGUUCUCGACGAAUGACUUAUUCCUGGGGUGUCUGAAACGAAUGGGGGAGGAGUGCUUACCGUCCUACGAGAGAGCAAAAAGAUGGAUGAAACAGCAUCCUGUGGACAACCAGGAGACGAGCCAACGGGUCGUGGAGGAUUUGCUUGAAUUGAGUUCCGUGGUUCUCCUAGGGAAAACGAGCGUUUCGCUGAACCGAAUCUCUGAGAGAUUCGCUGCUCUGGAUGUCAACGAGCAGUCAGAGCAUCGAUUGUGCAGGGUUGCAAACUCUCUCGGAUUCCGGGACAUUCACAAGCAGCUGAAGAAGGUUCGAAUGUCCGAGAACUGUUUGGAUGACGUCCUUCAACAUUUCCCCAUCCGACACAGCACGGGUCUCACUUACCUCGACUACCUCAAAGCCAUGUGCUGCGCCGAGAAUGAGAAACGGGAGAAGAGUCGACGAGGCAAUCGUCUCAGUCACUAUCUAUCGAAUAUUGGGGUCUAUUUCUCACCAGAGCAGCUGACGCGAAUUUCCGCAUUUUGGUCUUGACGCUAGACUGUCCUAAGCAGAACUAAUGUUAAGCCGUAGUCCCCGUAUGUGCUCGAUGCCUAUCAGGCCGAAUCUGUCGGUUGACCGCCUUUUUUCCUGUAGUGCGUGACCCUUAGAAAGGAUUAUUUGUAUGUAGAGAGCGACAGAGAGUCAGAUAUUCCCUUUUGAAUUCGAAAUACGAACUGACGUAUCAUUUGUUCAUAGUUGCUCGAACAGGAAAGUUGAGUCAUAGGGUUCAUAGAUACUUAUGAUGUCGAAGAAUUCGUACGACAUGGGGAUGCACACAUUUAUUACAUGCCGGGAUCAUCCCCGGGAAAGCACGGAUGACAGGCUCACUCUAA